AUGCGGCUCUCUACUCUUUCUGCUGUCAUCGUGGCCAACGCCGUCGGCGCGCUUGCCGUCGAGUCGCUCUCUGAAUCUGUCAAAGACUUUCCUCAAUGCUCCUACUCUGCUUUCAAGAACGCCCUCGAGAAGGAGGGCUGCGAUGUUAAGGACGUUGGAGCUGGAACGUUCGAUUGCAUGUGCAAGCAUGUGGCCAGCAUCGCUGUCACCAUGGCCAUGGACAAAGUCGAUGCCAAUUGCCAGGCCAACUGGAGUACUGCCUUGACAGGAGUGUGCGUGCAGUGGUCGGUGUACAGCACCACUGCUACCGACUUCCCUGAAGCCACCAAGGCACUCGCAUCUGAGCUCGGCGCGGCUGCUAAUGCUGGCCCCACCAGUGCUGCCGGAUCUGCCGCAAGCAGUGGCUCAACCGCAGGAGCAGCUUCCACGUCUUCAUCCAAGGGAGCUGCUGCUGCCUCUACUCCAGUGAUGGGGCUUCUCGGCGCGGCUGCUCUGGCGGGUAUUCUGGUCUAA